AUGGAGUGUUAUUUCCAUGUCAGGCUCUGGCAUUACCAGUACCAGCAGCAAACAAAUAAGCAUCCGGACACAUACAUCAUUUUACAAACUGCUGGGGAGCUCGGGGAGCCCUGGAGGAGUUACUUCCCGGCCUUCUUCCCUGAGCAAACCUACCUCGAGGCACAAACAAACAUCUGCCCCAGGCCGGAGGGCUCUCACGCUGGGCUGCGGCGCGUUCCCCGCUCGCGGGGUCCUGGGGGUCCGUGUGUCCCCGCGCCGUCUGCGCGCCCGUGGGGAGGGCGACCCGCAGGAGUGGCAGUGCGGAGCCUGAGCGCGCCGUGCCGGCCGGUCGCGACGUCCCCCGAACAGGAAUUCGCUCGGGGCUGCGACGGCACCAGCGGCGGGGACAGGGGGCGGGGAGGCGGCCAGAUCAAAGAGAGCCGAGACUGUCCGGGCGCGUCGAGGAGCCGCCCCUCCGGGAAGGGCGGGCACAUCCCGGGCGCUGACCCCAGAGCCGCGCGGCUCCCCCGCCCCGCGCGUCCCUGCGACCGCCGGUCUCCCCCACCUCCCGCCCCCGCCCCUCGCCCCCCGCGGCCGGCGCGCUCCCGCCCUUGGAGGAGGCGAGGCCCGGCGCGAACGGACGCGCGGGAGCGGCUCCGGAGGCGUGGAGGUUCGGCGCGGAGCAGCGCCGGCAGGGAGACGAUGCCUCGACUGCCCGGCCGCGCGGGGCUCCUCCUCGGCGUGGUGCUGCUGGCGGCGCUGCUGGCCGCGGGCCGGGCUCUACCCCUGAGGAAGCCGCGGCCCCGGAGCCCCGCGAGGCUGGCGGAGGUGAGCGGCGGGGAGAGGGGUCGGCGCGGGGCCCGGGGCGCGAGCGGGGACCUCCGAGGGCGGGCGCGGGGCGGGGACCAGGUCUCAGCCUCCCCAGAUCCCAGCUCUCCUAGGGAAGAGGAGAGGACCCCCCCGCUCCCCAGAACCCGCCUCCAGGCAGGGCCACGCCAACAUAGGCGCCGGGCUCUCAGUGAGCCAGCAGCCCUGAGCCUGGACAAGGCGUCCAUGCCAAGGACCCUGGAGGACACUCCCUUGCUGCUGGAGCUGCAGAAGCUGCCAGGAUUGGCCAACACAGAUUUGACUGCCCCAAACCCCAAUAUCCAGGUGACCAUCGAGGUGGUGGAGGAUCCCCAGGCGGAGGUGGAGAUGGACCUAUUGGCUGAGCCCAGCAGUCGCUGGCCCCAGGGUGCCUCUAGCUGGCUGUCCGCCAAGGAGCUCUUCUGGCCCCUAUUCUGGAGCUACCUGGAGGGCGAGGAGGGGAGGACCAAUCUCAAGGGCAGAGCCCCAGGGGAAGAAGUGGAGGAGGAGGAUUACCCUGCAGAGUAUAGUGAGAGUGAGGACCAGGAGGACAACGAGGAGGAAGAGGAGGAGGAAGAGGAGCCUGGGUUCAGUGGGGCCACAGGCAGCUGGGAGCAGGGCUGGCUGGCCCCUGGGGACUGGGCCUUCAAGGAGCCAGACGGCUAUGACUAUGAGCUUCAAGAGGAGUGGAGCCCCUGGUCUCCCUGCAGUGGGAGCUGCGGCAGCGGCAGCCAGAGGAGGACUCGGCCCUGCGGCUACGCCUGCACUGCCACCGAGUCCCGUGCCUGCGACCUGCCCCUUUGUCCUGGCACCGAGGACAAGGACCCCUCGGGCUUCCCCGGUGAGGGGUGGCCGCCCCUGGCCCACAAUGCUACGGACAUGCUCAACCCAGAUGUGGAUAGCUGUGAGAAGUGGCUGAACUGCAAGAGUGACUUCCUAGCCAAGUACCUGAGUCAGGUGCUGCAGGACCUGCCCAGCUGCCCAUGCGCGUACCCGCUGGAGGCCGUGUACAGCGCGGUGAGCCUGCAGGAUGAGCACCGGGGCCGAAGCUUCCAGUGGAGGGAUGCCAGCGGGCCUCGAGAGCACCUGGACGUGUACCAGCCCACGGCGCGCUUCUGCCUGCGCUCGCUGCUGUCCGUGGAGAGCAGCACCCUGGCCGCCCAGCACUGCUGCUACGAUGCGGGCAGCCGGCUGCUGACUCGGGGCAAGGGCGCCGGUGCGCCUGACCUCGUCAGCACUGACUUCUCGCCCGAGCUGCACUUCAAGGUGGACACGCUGCCCUGGAUCCUCUGUAAGGGGGACUGGAGCCGCUACCACGCUGUGCGGCCUCCCAACAAUGGCCGGGCCUGCGCCGACAACCCUCCCGAGGACGAGUACCUGGCCCAGUUGCAGGAGGCCAAGCAGUACUAA